GGUGACGUCAGCGCAGCGGCUUCCGGCGCCUGCGGGUCGGCGCGCGGCCGCGGCCCGGUGGACUGCGCAGCCAUGGAGAGCGGCUUCGGCUCGGACUUCGGCGGCGGCGCGGGCGGCGGGAAGCUGGACCCGGGGGUCAUCAUGGAGCAGGUGAAGGUGCAGAUCGCCGUGGCCAACGCGCAGGAGCUGCUGCAGAGGAUGACGGACAAGUGUUUCCGGAAGUGCAUCGGGAAGCCCGGGGGCUCCUUGGAUAACUCGGAACAGAAGUGCAUCGCCAUGUGUAUGGACCGCUACAUGGACGCCUGGAACACCGUGUCCCGCGCCUACAACUCUCGACUGCAGCGGGAGCGAGCCAACAUGUGACCGGGCUGCGCGGGGCACCGUGCGCCCGCCCGCCCGCCCGCCUGCCCGCGGUCGGAACUGUUUGCGGCUCGCCGCGCCGCCCGAGCCACCCGCGGUGGCUGUGACCUGAGAGCGGGCCAAUAAAGCGCUGCUGGGCAGAGCAGCUGCCGUGUCGU